AGGCACAAGAUGAGUUCAAGAAAAAGCAGUCUGACACUAAGGAUUUAGAAAUUCAGCUGUUGAAGCUCCAAUUGCAGGAAGCAAAACAAAAAUUGAAUAAAAAAAAAAAACAGAUAAAAAGGAACAUGUGAUGGUUGUGGCUGCAGGUGCCGGAACCCCCACACAGAAUGCAACUUCCUGGCAAAACACUAAUCAGAUUGGGGGAGGACUGGUUCCUCCUCCUGUUUUUUCUGUUUCAUAUCCCCAAAACAGGUACAGAGCGUUUCCUCGUGGACGGGGAAGGCGUUUGGCCGGUCACGAGGGCGGUGCUCCGUGGAGGGGUCGUGGGGCGCGAACCGGGGGACCACAGGAGGACAUAUGCUACCGAUGUGGAUGUGUUGGACACUGGGCAAAACAUUGCUGGGCCAUACCAAAUCACGGGGAACCAGGUAUGAUCCCCCACAAUCCCAAUGUUAUACCUGGACAGUCUUUUCAGGGGAAUAACGAGCCCACACAGAACAUCUAGUGACACGCCCCUGGAGACCCACAGCCCAGCAUGGGAACUGCAGACCCCAUGCUGUCAGCAACACUGGAGGGGAGAGAAACACACUUCCUGGUGGACACAGGUGCUACACACAGCACAUUGAACUUUGUUUCUCCCCUCAGUUUGACGUCACAAACUGUAUCUUUAACUGGGUUCUCAAGGACAGAACAAAGUCUGCCUUUCACUAAGCCUCUGACCUUCACACUGGGCAAUCAGCACCUGCAACAUUCUUUUGUCAGCUCUCCCACAACUCCCGUCAAUUUGCUAGGAAGAGACUUACUGAUAAAACUGGGAGCAACAAUUAUGUGCUCUGUGAAUGGAUUAAUUGUUUCAUUUCCCGAUGGCACGUCCCUCCCUUGUGCAAACUUUCACACGGAUGGACAAUUUCUCAUGCAGCCAGUUGUUUCUGAGUAUGCAGACAUAUAUUGGGGCCUUUUAACGAACUUACCCUCCAGCUGUCUAAUGUCAACGUUUGUGGACUGGAAACCUUGGCUCCUGUGUCUGUGCUCCUACGUCUCUCCUCCGGAUCCCCCCCACGUGACCCUGUUCUACGACAGAGACGUCUCUGAAUGGUACCAGGAACCUUUCCUUUCCACUUUGGAGGAAACAACCUGGGAGGUAAAAAUCUCAGAUAUUCAUGUAGCUCCAGUUGGUGUAGCUGCUGCUGUCUCUUUCACAGAAACGCAGUCAGAAUGUUAUCAAAUAUCUGAUGAAGCUGUGCCUCACAUCUCUCUCUGUUUGCACCCUGAGCACCAAGCAAAAGAAUUGGGCCCAAUGAUGAAACGCUCCCUGGCAGCCACAGAUUGGAUUGCGACAGCAGUGCCAGAUGUGGGGCUUGCUUCCUGUUCUCCUAAUUCAUUUCAGGUGGACUCUGAGAGACCCCUCUGGAUUCCUCAGUAUCCACACAAACCCGCAGCUGAACAGGGCAUCGCAGAGACAAUAACAGGACUGAUUGAGGCUGGAGUGCUGGAACCCUCAAAGUCUGACUGGAACACACCCAUUUUGCCAGUGGAGAAAAAAGGUACUGGCAAAUACAGAAUGGCUCAUGACCUGAGAGCAGUAAAUGCAGUUCUGAAAACAAAAACUGUGCCAGUUCCUAAUCCAUAUGUCUCCAUUGCUGCUUUGACUCCUAGCCAGCAGUGGUAUAGCUGUAUUGAUCUGGCAAAUGCAUUUUUCUGUGUCCUACUAGCUGAAAGCUGCAGGGACUACUUUUCAUUCACUUUCAGGGGAGAACAGUGGCGUUACACCAGGCUGCCACAAGGUUUCGCCCAGUCUCCAGGGCUGUUUAACCAGGUUUUGAAAGAUGUUUUGCAGGAUUGCCCCCUUCCACGAGACACGACCCUAAUUCAGUAUGUAGAUGACCUUUUGCUGGCCGCAACAACCGCUGAGCUUUGCGUUAAAGCCACCUCCCUGGUUCUGGCUCACCUCCAUCAAAAAGGUUUUAAGGCCAGUAAAAACCAAUUACAGAUUGCACGAAAAUAGGUUUCAUUUCUGGGCAGAAUAAUUUCAGCAGGAACAACGGGGAUCUCUCCCUCACACAAGCAGUCCAUUUUGCAACAUCCGAAACCCACCAGAGUCAAAGACAUGCUCUCCUUUCUGGGUUUAACUGGCUACAGCAGAAGCUACAUUCCGUCUUACACAGAUCUGACCCAGCCGCUUCGAGCCUUGGUUAAUGAACAAGGCAUGAGAAAUCUGAAUAAUCUCCUCUUUUGGACAACUGAGGCAGAACAAGCUUUUAUAGCUGUAAAACAACACAUGUCGUCCGCUGCAGAGCUCUCCAUGCCAGACUACACUUUGCCGUUCUUUCUGGAUGUUUCUGUUACAAAACUGGCCGUUAACAGAGUUUUGUAUCAGAAAAAAGGGGGUGAGAGACGAAUCAUGAUGUAUUUAUCUGCAAUUUUGGACAAAAUGGAACAGAGACAUCAUCCCUGCACACAGCAUGCUGCUGGUGUAGCCAAAUUGAUACAAAAAACUGCACACAUAGUCAUGGGACAUUCACUGUUGGUGUUAACAUCACACAGUGUAGUGGCAUAUGUAAACUCACAAAGUUUCACCAUGACAGCGUUGCGACAACAAAGACUUUCUAAAGUCCUGGAAGCUCCUAACAUUUCAUUCACACACGAAGGCGUGAACAUGGCAGACUGUUUUUCAGAAGGAGAAUGCGGAAGCAUUGCUAUUGCCAAAAACAGUAGCUGUAAUCAAAUGCAAAGGUCAUGACUUAUCAGACACAAUGAUUGCAAAAGGUAAUCAAGCAGCGGACAGAGCAGCUAAAGUAGCUGUGGGGUACACCAAUUUGGCCAUGGUGUGUUCCUCGGAGGAGGAAUUACAUGACAAACUCACACUGGAGGAGGUGGUAAGAUGCCAAAAGGGGGUGCCACUUGAAGAGAAAAACAUGUGGAAACACAGAGGGGCCACUGAAACAAAUGGAUGCCGGAGGGGCCCAGACGGCAGGUUAAUUCUGCCCCCUGGGAAAAAACAAGAGCUGCUUCUUGAAGCUCACGGGGUUGGACAUGUGGGAACUAAACAGAUGAUGUAUAAUCUUAAAGACUGGUGGCAACCCCAAAUGAUCAACAUGGUGAAACAGUUUGUAAAUAAUUGUGAAAUGUGUGGACAGGUUAACCCUAAGAAAACUUUGAAGCCACAUCAGGGACAGUUUCUUCCACUCACAUGUCCAGGGAAAGAGGUUGUGUUGGAUUUCACUGACAUAAUAAACAUGGUGCAAGGCAAAAAAUAUUUGUUGGUUUGUGUUGAUGCUUUCACAGGAUGGCCUGAAGCGUGGCCAGCAGCGAGAGAAGACAGUAAAACGGUCAUAAAAUGUCUGAUCAACCAUUACAUCCCCAGGCACGGUUUUCCAGAAAAAAUCAGAUCAGACAAUGGAACACAUUUCAGAAACAAGGACCUGCAAACAGUGGAAGCUCAUCUUGGUUUGAAACACAAGUUCGGUACGGUUUAUCACCCGGAAUCCUAAGGCAAAGCAGAACGAAUGAAUCAAAAUUUUAAAACAAAAUUGGCUAAAGUUUGUGCACAAACUAAAUUAACAGUGACCAAGGCGCUAGAAGGACUUAAGGCCCUUAGUAAAACGAUGCAUCAGCACUCUGGAGUUUCAAACCCCUUGGAUAAGUGGUUCACUGAUCUGUUUGGAAAAUAUAAAGAAAUCAUCAUCGCUUUGCUCCUUUCUGUGACAACUUUCCUUGCCCUCCUGAUCACCUGUGGUUGCUGCUGUGUCCCCUGUCUGAGGUCAUUGGCGGUGCGGUGCAUCACCUCAACCAUAGAGAAAGGCAGCAGUAGUGAUGGAAUUCCACCUGCCUAUCAGAUGUUUUCCCGGAGACGUGAAAGAACCGUGAAAUUCCAGAUUGCCAGAGUUUAAGGGCAGUACUAGUAUCCAGUGACAAAAGAAAAUUUUCCUUCCUUCCUUAUAUAAUCCAUUGAUUUCGCUUUUGUUGUGUUUUUUCUUGCAGAAUGAAGUCCAAUCCUUUCUGGGUGUGCCGGGGUGUGAGACUGUGGGCGCAUUCCACGAUUGUUGGACCGAGUUACAGCUGAAAUCCCACACUGAAGCCUUCCAGGCAAUGUCGGGGUUUCCCAGCGACCGCGCCGGCUCUACAUCUGGACACACGCAGAAACUGAUUUGACGUUGAUACGUCUCGCUAUAGAGAGGCUGCAGUGAUUUGAUUUCAUUACAAUGAUUAAAGUUUGAUCAGAAAACAUUUUUACUUACUUUUAAUCCUAGUUUAAUCAUGCCAGUGUAUUUUGAGUGUACUGCCUUUAAUCCUGAUUUACUUUAUUGAUUUGAUGUUUUACGAAUGUGUUCAUUGUUCUGUGCCUUUCAAUACUCAGAAUUCUAAGCUUUUCUUACCAUUUCAUUAACUUUGCAUCCUUUUCGUAGUUCAUUAACUUUUACAUAUUACAUAGAAAUCUCACCUUUUAGUCUUCUAACAAUGUGUUCAUUUUUGCAUACUACCUAACAUUUCACUGCCUUUACAAAUAAUUUUAACCUAACACUUCACUAUAAGUUCCACACACUAUCCUAACAUUUUGUUCACUUAGCACUUUUGUAGAACUUAACAACUUCGUAGCUGUGACUUUUCACCUUGUUUUUAAAUACUAACAAUAAAACAA